AUGUUGACAGUGCAAGAGCAAACGGAAAUCAUCCAGAAGGUGCGCGGGGCAUUGAACCAGUAUGAAGCCAAGCUCAGCGAGAUCAACCAGAAGGCAAGUACUAUACCAUCCAUAAGACAAAUAGUCAAUACUGACAAGCAACAGAUCUGGUCAAACCCCGAACUAGCAUUCAAAGAAUAUAACGCCCACAACAACAUCUGCACCUUCUUCGAAUCCCUCAACGAUGACAAUGGCUACAAAAUCACCCGGAAAGCCUACGGCAUCGAAACAGCCCUAGAAAUAACCCACAAACAAGGCCACGGAGGCCGCAUCGUAGCGUUCAACGCAGAAUACGACGCCCUGCCCGGAAUGGGCCACGCCUGCGGCCACAACCUAAUAGCAACAAGCAGCAUCGCCGCCUUCCUCGCAACAGUUGAAACAAUGAAAGCGCUCUAUAGCAACAACCGAACACCAAGCACAAGCUACGACGUCCGCCUAUUCGGCACACCGGCCGAAGAAGGCGGCGGCGGAAAACUCCUCCUAAUCAACGCCGGCGCCUACAAAUCCGUCGACGCCUGUUUCAUGGUCCAUCCAUUCCCAAUCCUGUCCGGUGCGCCGGAUCUGCUCAGUUCGAGCUCUUGUACCGGGCAAUACCUCGCGAAUGAUAAGGUACAGGUGACGUACACAGGCAAGCCGGCUCACGCGUCUGCAGCGCCGUGGGAGGGGGUGAAUGCGCUUGAUGCGGUUGUUUCGGCUUAUGUAGGGAUUUCGAUGUUGAGGCAGCAGAUCAAGCCAACGGAUAAGAUUCAUGGGGUUGUGCUGAGGGGUGUGAAGGAGUUGAGGCCUUUGACGGAGAAGGUGGUGAAGUGUUUUGAGGCGGCUGCUACUGCUACGGGGUGUACGGUUGAAUUUGAAUGGGAGGCUUCGUAUAAGGAUAUGAAAAUCAAUAAGCCUAUCUGUGAUAGCUAUGUCUCUGCUAUGAAUGCUAUGGGGCAUAGUACUAUCUUUGAUGCUGCGGGACAGGAGGGUGGGCUUAGUGGGGGAUCCACUGAUAUGGGCAACGUCUCCUACGAAGUCCCGAGCUUCCAUGGUGGCUUUUACAUAGCCACCGACGGCGUCAAUCAUACGCCACAAUUUACGGCAGGCGCGGGUUCAGAGGAGGGCUUUCAACGCAGCUUGCAUUGUGCUGCGGGAAUGGCGGUGGUGGCUUGCCGGAAUCUAGUCGAUGAUAGCUUUGCGAAGGCUGUGGAGUCUGACUUUCGCAAAGAUAAUGCGCUGUAG